AUAACCUCUGAAAAAAUUAUCGCACAUACGCGUAGAAGCGAUCUAGCCAGCCAGCGUCUGCGAUAUCGUAGUAAUAUUUUCGGCGCGAAAUAUCAAAAGCCAUUUAUUUGACCGGCGAAACUGGAUUUUAAAAAAUGCAUAAAAAGACGAUUAAAAGCGCGAUGUUAUGACAAAAUUUACAAAACCUGUUUCAAGCUUUUAAUUAUUUCUUAAAACGCUUGUUCAGUCAUAUAUAAUAAUGCUGAUAACAAAAAAGUGUCGGUUAUUCAUGUUAAAUAUAUAAUACUUCUAACGGCGUUUUAAGAUGAGUAUGCAACACAUCGGCCGUCUCGUGUCAGUUAAUUAACUUACAUUUUUCUACGUGUUAAUGGGAUAUAGCAUUCGUGAUGGACGUACACGAAAUACAUCAGAUGCCAAAUAAGAGCAACGAAGAAUUAACUCCAGAGGAAAAAUGGAGAGUGGAGCAUAUAAAGAUGCACGAACAGCACAUGGGUCACGAAUCUAUGCACGCAGAGAUGCUGAUUAUAUUAUUGGUGACAUUAACAGUAGCACAGAUUGCAUUAGUUGAAUGGAAAAAGAGGCAUUUUAAAUCAUAUCAGCUUAUAACGAUGAUAGCCAUGUGGAUUAUUCCAUUUGGAAUAAGCUUAAAGAACCACUGGUGGAGAUUUAUAUUUUUGUGGCUUUUAUCGUCGUGUAUAACAGGUCUAGUAGUAAGGAAAGCUAUUCAAAGACCAAUACUAGGUACAACACCUAGACUAGUGUACAAAUGGUUUUAUUUCAUUUAUAAGCUUAGUUAUGCACUGGGCAUAAUUGGAUACAUUUUAGUGUUAUUUACGUUUGUUGGUCUUAAUAUUAUAUUAGAUGUUAAGCCUCAUGUUUGGAUGGACUGGGGUAUAUUAUUUCUAUUUUAUGGUCUUUAUUUUGGAGUAUUAGGAAGGGAUGUCGCUGAAAUAUGUGCUGACGCAAUGGCAUCACAUAUUGGUUAUUACGCUCCAGGCAGUAUGCCAACUAGAACUUUGGAACCAAAUGUUUGCGCAGUAUGCGGAAACAAGCUCCUAGUUUCCGAACAUGAAGAAGGUGUGAUCGAAAAUACGUACAAACUUACUUGCGAACAUGUUUUCCAUGAAUUUUGCAUUAGGGGCUGGUGCAUUGUAGGAAAAAAACAGACGUGUCCUUAUUGCAAAGAAAAAGUCGAUUUAAAGAAAAUGUUUCGCAAUCCAUGGCAACGGCCACAUGUCUUAUUCGGUCAGUUACUGGAUUGGUUAAGAUGGCUAGUUGCUUGGCAACCUUUAAUUUUGUUCCUAGUUCAUGGUAUAAAUUGGGCUCUGGGCCUUGAGUAAGUAACAUUAUUGGUGAAAACCGACUCACAUACACCAUUGUUGUGUCUUUGCAACGCUAAAGAGAAUGAUUAACUUAUUCCUUCAAUCGAUAUUGUAUUUGUAUUUUUGUACAUGCUAUUACAAUUACUUUCUUUUGUGUUAUAAAAAAUAUU